AUGAUGAUGCUUUCUAACACUUUUAAGAGGGCUGUUCCUUCUGUGGUUCAAUCCAUGAGAUUUGCUUCUACCAAGACCAUGACCGUCAGAGAAGCUUUGAAUUCUGCCAUGGCCGAAGAAAUGGACCGUGAUGAUGAUGUUUUCAUCAUUGGUGAAGAAGUUGCUCAAUAUAAUGGUGCUUACAAGGUUACCAAGGGUUUAUUGGACCGUUUCGGUGAAAGAAGAGUUGUUGACACUCCAAUUACCGAAAUGGGUUUCACUGGUUUGGCUGUUGGUGCCGCUUUGAAGGGUUUAAAGCCAAUUGUUGAAUUCAUGUCUUUCAACUUCUCCAUGCAAGCUAUGGAUCAAGUCAUUAACUCCGCUGCUAAGACUUACUAUAUGUCCGGUGGUACUCAGAAAUGUCAAAUCGUUUUCAGAGGUCCAAACGGUUCUGCUGUCGGUGUUGCUGCUCAACAUUCCCAAGAUUAUUCUGCUUGGUACGGUUCUGUUCCAGGUAUGAAGGUUUUGGUUCCAUACUCUGCUGAAGAUGCUAGAGGUUUGUUGAAGGCUGCCAUUCGUGAUCCAAACCCAGUUGUUUUCUUGGAAAACGAAUUGUUAUACGGUCAAUCUUUCGAAGUCUCUGAAGAAUCUCUGUCUACUGAUUUCACUUUGCCAUACAAAGCAAAGGUUGAAAGAGAAGGUUCUGAUAUCUCUAUCAUCAGUUACACCAGAAAUGUUCAAUUCUCUUUGGAAGCUGCUGAAAUUUUGUCUAAGCAAUACGGUGUUUCUGCUGAAGUUAUCAAUUUGAGAGCCAUUAGACCUUUGGAUGUUGAAGCUAUCAUCAACACUGUCAAGAAGACCAACCACUUGAUUACUGUUGAAUCUACUUUCCCAGCUUUCGGUGUUGGUGCUGAAAUUAUCGCUCAAAUUAUGGAAUCUGAAGCCUUCGAUUAUUUGGAUGCUCCAAUUCAAAGAGUUACUGGUGCUGAAGUCCCAACUCCUUAUGCUAAGGAAUUAGAAGAUUUUGCUUUCCCAGACCCUGACACCAUUGUCAGAGCUGCUAAAAGUGUUUUGUCUAUUGAAUGA